AUGGUUAUAUUUUGUAAUCCGCGAAUAUUUGACGCAAUUUUUCUUCUAGUCGUUUGUUUUCUACUGGAUCAAUGUUCUCCUCACAACCACGUAGACGAGGACGACGGUUUUGAUUUUCAACAGGGCACCAAAUUUAAAUUGGUCGUUGAUGAAGCUAAAGCACCAAGAUACCUCUUAUAUGAUGUAAAUCCAGGAGAGGGGUUUAACCUUCGCAGGGAUGUGUAUAUGCGGAUUGCAGUCUUGAUAAAAAGUCUGAAUGAAGAUGCACCUUGGAUCUUAGUUCUUCCACCAUGGAGUGGUAUCUAUCAUUGGAGGUCACGAGACAUUGAGGCUCAGAAUAAGAUACCCUGGUCUGCAUUCUUUGAUCUGUCCAGUUUACGAAGUUUUGUUCCGGUUAUGGAGUUUGAGGAGUUUUUGAAAAUCAGCAGGGAACCAGUAAUAGAAGAGUUGUAUUAUCUCCAACACUACAAGGAAGGCUGGGAUAAAUGGGAAGAAAAAAUGGACAGACGGCCUUGUAUGCACAACCCUUACAGUUAUGACUCUGAAGCUAAUUUAUGGCGAGGCUGGUUCUUUGGAUAUGAUAGAGCAGUUGGGGCACGCAAGCUGGAAUGCUUGUCAGUGAUGGGACAUGCUGGUUUUGUCAAACCCUUUCUUCUGACGAACACUUCAGCCAGAUCUGUAAUGCUGGACAGAGCAGAAACACUUCUCCAUGAUCGUUACGGAGAUUCUGUAUUCUGGCAGUGCCGACGGAGCAUGAGAUUUGCUAAACAUUUGCGGGACAUUGCAGACAACUUCCGAGCUGAGUAUCUUGAUUCAACGGAUGAAGGAGAUAAAGCAAUAAUUGAAGAAGAUUGGCAGUCAAUGAAGAGAAACCAUGGUGAUGCCAUUGGUGGUCCAUAUCUGGCUGUCCACCUUCGACGAGCAGACUUUGUGAGGGCAAGAGAGAAAUAUGUUCCCUCGGUGAAGAGUGCAGCAAAACAAAUUAAACAUUUGGCAAAACAGUUGAAUCUGACAAAGAUUUUUGUUGCCACAGAUGCACCACAGACAGAAUACGAUGAACUCAAGGGAUAUCUGACAGAUUUUUCAGUUUAUCAAUUUGAACCAACUUUAGAAGCUAGAGCAAAGUAUAAAGAUGGAGGUGUAGCCAUCAUUGACCAGUGGAUCUGUGCACAUGCCAGAUACUUUAUAGGGACCCGGGAGUCAACAUUUUCCUUCCGGAUCCAAGAUGAGCGAGAGAUUCUAGGUUUUGCCCCAGAGACAACCUUCAAUUGUUUGUGCAAGAAGAAAGAAAGUGAAUGCGAGCAGCCCACUAGGUGGUUGAUCAAAUACUGA